UCCAUCGGCGCUCGGACCUACAUCCAUCUUCAAAUCACAACACGAAAGCUCGCUGGCGGUGCUUACUCCUUCUCUACUUUAUAUCACCAUCAUCGUUUCGUGUAGCUGUCUUUCAUUUACGCCACAAUGUCUUGGAAACUUGGAAAAAAAUCCAGGGACAGCAAGGAGAACGGGGUCAUCUCGAGAUCUGUCACUCCCAUACCCUCUCGACCUACGACGCCGAAGCCACCUACUGGAUCUGAUCAGUUCAGGUCUGGAAUGCUGACCAUUCGUAUCUUCUCAGGACGUGGACUUUCCCUGCCUCCCAAUGCACCAAUUCCGGAUAUCAUACAGAGAGCACUAGAAUCGGCGCCUCCCACCCGGAAGUCGACUAGCAACAGAGAGAGUAUGCAGCGCAAACGUUUCUGGUGGCUCCCUUAUGUGGUUCUAGAGUUUGACAAGAACGAGAUUCUCAUUGAUGCAAUGGGUGGAGAUUUAGCGAGCCCAGUGUGGAACUACAGGGCGGACUUUGAUGUCUCACGUACAUCCAACAUUUCCGUCUCUGCAUACUUGCGUACGGCACCUAUGCAAGGACCGGACGAUAUGGGAAAUGACUUGCUCUUGGCUCGUGUGGACCUUACGCCAAUGCUAGAUGGCCAUCAUGCCUCAGAUCAAUGGUACAUUGCCACCGCCGGCGCAGGCUCCUUCCAUCUCAAGAUCGAUUUUAAACCUACACGCAACGAGCUUCUCACGAUUGACGCGUUUGACCUUCUCAAAGUUAUUGGGAAAGGUAGUUUCGGCAAGGUCAUGCAGGUCAGAAAGAAGGACACCCAGCGUAUCUAUGCCCUCAAGACCAUUCGCAAGGCACAUAUUGCGCAGAGGCCUGGGGAGAUUACCCACAUCCUCGCAGAACGGACGGUGCUAGCAUUGGUCAACAAUCCGUUCAUUGUCCCCCUCAAGUUUUCCUUCCAGAAUCCGGAUAAGCUCUAUCUUGUCAUGUCGUUUGUCAACGGCGGGGAAUUGUUUUACCAUUUACAGAGAGAGGGAAAGUUUGACCAGGAUCGCAGCCGAUUCUAUGCGGCAGAACUUCUUUGUGCUUUGGAGCAUUUGCAUGGCUUCAAUGUUGUUUACCGGGAUCUUAAGCCAGAGAAUAUUCUCCUUGAUUAUACUGGGCACAUUGCGUUAUGUGAUUUUGGUCUUUGUAAACUCAACAUGUCCGAAACGGAAAAAACGAACACGUUCUGCGGCACUCCGGAAUACAUUGCUCCCGAACUCCUUGAGAGUCAAGGAUACACCAAGACCGUUGACUGGUGGACUUUGGGUGUGUUGCUGUAUGAGAUGAUGACUGGCCUCCCACCAUUCUACGAUGACAACGUAAAUACGAUGUAUCAGAGAAUUCUGACUGAUCCGCUUCACUUUCCACCUGACAUGUCUGCGGAGGCGAAGAGUGUUAUGACGGGGUUGCUGCAGCGAGAUCCGUCUCGGCGCCUUGGGGCGAAUGGGGGUGAAGAAAUUAAGAGACACCCAUUCUUUGCGAGGUAUAUUGAUUGGAAUAGGUUGUUGGCGAAGAGAUACCCACCGCCAUUCAAGCCGAGUGUUGAAUCUGUUCUCGACGUGGCCAACUUUGAUCCCGACUUUACGAACGAGGAGGCGCAGGAUUCAGUUGUUACGGACUCCGCCCUCUCCGAAACUGUGCAGGAUCAGUUCAGGGGCUUUACAUAUAAUCCUGCAAAUGAGCACCUUAGUGAAAGCGUCAGUUAUUCUAACGCCAUGUGAGGGAGGGGAUUCUUUUUUUCAAUGGCUUUUUUUUCGUUUAUUUUAAGACUGAUACCCACCAAAAGUGAUUUCACUGUAGAGUGAAUUGUUAGCACCACUUCGUUCGCUGUAGACAAUUUUCGUUCUAAUAUUUAAACAUUUGUCUGGAAUCGCUUUGUGUAGGAUACGGAAUGUACAAGUGACCACAUCUAAGACAGCU